AUGAGUCUCUGGGGCUGGUUCCUGCUGCAGACCCUCUGCCUCCUGCCCACGGGCGCAGCCCCGCGGCGCGGCGCGCCUGCCUCAGCCAACUGCGAGCUCAAGCCCCAGCAGAGUGAAUUGAAUUCCUUCUUGUGGACCAUAAAGCGAGAUCCGCCAUCUUACUUCUUUGGCACGAUCCACGUUCCAUACACCCGGGUUUGGGACUUUAUCCCGGACAACUCCAAGGAGGCUUUUCAGCAGAGCAGCAUUGUGUACUUUGAGCUGGACCUCACGGACCCCUACACUAUCUCGGCCCUCACCAGCUGUCAGAUGCUGCCGCAGGGCGAGAACCUCCAGGACGUGCUCCCCAGGGACAUCUACUGCCGCCUCAAGCGCCACCUAGAGUACGUCAAGCUCAUGAUGCCCUCGUGGAUGACCCCAGACCAGCGUGGCAAGGGGCUCUAUGCGGACUACCUCUUCAACGCCAUCGCGGGGAACUGGGAGCGGAAGAGGCCCGUCUGGGUGAUGCUCAUGGUCAACUCCCUGACCGAAGUGGACAUUAAGUCCCGUGGGGUGCCUGUCUUAGACCUGUACCUUGCCCAGGAGGCUGAGCGGCUGAGGAAACAGACUGGGGCUGUGGAAAAGGUGGAAGAGCAGUGCCAUCCACUGAAUGGGCUGAACUUUUCACAGGUCAUCUUUGCUUUGAACCAGACCCUCCUGCAGCAGGAGAGCCUUCGAGCAGGCAGCCUUCAGAUCCCCUACACGACAGAGGAUCUCAUCAAACACUAUAACUGUGGGGACCUCAGCUCCGUCAUCUUCAGCCAUGACAGCUCCCAGGUUCCCAAUUUUAUUAACGCCACGCUGCCACCGCAGGAGCGCGUCACCGCCCAGGAGAUUGACAGCUACUUCCGCCAGGAGCUCAUCUACAAGCGGAAUGAGAGAAUGGGGAAGCGGGUGAAGGCCCUUUUGGAAGAGUUCCCGGACAAAGGCUUUUUCUUUGCCUUUGGAGCUGGUCAUUUCAUGGGCAACAAUACAGUGCUUGAUGUCUUGCGGCGCGAAGGCUAUGAGGUAGAACACGCCCCCGCUGGACGACCCAUCAACAAGGAGACGAGUAGAAGUCCCUUGUCGGGACCCGCCUCCUCUGCCAUCUUUGUUCCGGAAGUGCCUGCCUCAGAAGCGCGGGUACCGGAAGCUGGGUCUGCGGUUCGCUCGCUGUGGCCUCCCCACGUGUCCCUGCCUGCAAGUGCCCACCUGGGAGGCAGAGCGGAGCGGAAGUUUCGGAAGAAACGGAGGCGGCAGCGGCCACAGCGAAAGCAGCGGCUUCGGCAGUUCAGCGAUCUGUGGGUCCGACUGGAGGAGAGUGCUGAGGUCCCACAGCUCCAGGUCCCUGUUCUGGAUAGGCACAUCUCUGCCGAGCUGCAGCUCCCUCGCCAUGGGCAUUCCCGCCACAGCCAGAUGGUAGCCAGCAGUGCCUGUCUGUCUCUCUGGACUCCUGUGUUCUGGGUGCUGGUGCUGGCUUUCCAAACAGAGACACCCCUCCUGCAAUGA